AUGAAACAUUAUCAACAUAUUCUUGCCCUGAUUUUUGCAAUUGAUGAAAUUGAUAAGAAUCCAGAACUCCUGUCCAAUAUCACUUUGGGUUUUCAUAUUUUUGACAAUCUUUUUGAUUCAAAGACAACAUACGAGACUGUUCUGGACCUAUUGUUCUCAAAGAAGAAGAAUACAUCUAAUUACAAAUGUGAUAAGAAACAUCUAUUAUCUGUUAUUGGAGGCUUCACUGUUGAAAAUAGCAUCCAGAUGGCCACAAUAUUAAGUAUCUACAAGAUUCCACAGCUCACUUAUGGUGAAUAUCAGCCUGAAUCAAGUAGUAAAAUUGAUUUCCCAUGUCUAUACUGGAUGGUGCCCAGAGAAUCUAUUGUGUUUAGAGGGAUAAUCCAGUUACUUCUACACUUUCAAUGGAAAUGGAUUGGCCUUAUUGUUUCUGAUGAUGAUGAUGGAGAAAACUUUGUGCAGAAACUGACACCUAUGCUGGCCCUCAAUAGCAUAUGCAUUGCCUUCCUGAAAAGAGAUACAGCAAAGAAUUAUCUUCCUGUCAGUUUCUCAGCUAAAAAUACUAUACAAUUACUAAUAACACUUCACUCAACAGAUGCUAGUGUAAUUAUUCUCAGCAUGGGCUCUGAAUUAAUUAAUAUCUUGACAUUCUUCUUAGAAAAAAAUGAAUUAACAUUCAAAGGGCGUGUAGAAAAAAUUUGGAUCAUGCCAGUUCAAUGGUAUUUCAGUAUCAGAUCUAAAAAUGAAUUGCAUGGCAGAAACAUUUUCCAUGGCUCCUUUUCUUUCUCGGUUCAAACAAAUCCAGUGCCUGGAUUUAAAGAUUUUCUAGAUAACAUGAAUCUAGAUGAGACACUGAAUCACUUCUUCUGUAUGUUUUUGGAAAGUGCAUUUAAUGCAUGUGAAAAAUGUAGAGGAGAAGAGAAACUUAAGCAACUCCCGGCACAUGUAUUUGAGAUGGAACUCUCUAGUGAGAGCUACAAUAUCUACAGUGCUGUUUAUUCCUUAGCACAUGCUUUACAUGCUCUAUACCUUUCUAAAGAAAGAACCUUCCAAAAUAGAUUUCAAUGUAAGCAUUUGAAUAUUCAGCCAUGGCAGCUUCAAAGUUUCCUGAGAAAUAUUAAAUUUAACAAUAGUGCUGGCCAUGAAAUCUCAUUUGCCUAUGGGGAAUUCUUUGCUGGCUUGGAUGUCAUCAACUGGAUCACUUUUCCCAAUCAAACAUACUGUAAAAUCAAAGUGGGAAAGCUUUCACCAAUGCAAGAAUUCACUAUCACUGAAAAUGCUAUACAGUGGAAUACAGGAUUAAAGCAGGUACCUCCCCAUUCACUGUGUGUUGAAAGUUGCCAUUUAGGACUAAGCAAGAUACUUCAGGAAGGAAAAUCAAUAUGUUGUUAUGAUUGUGUUCCAUGUUCAAAAUAUAUGAUUUCUAACCAGACAGAUGCUGCUCAUUGUAUUCCAUGCCCCCAGGAUCAAUAUCCAAACAGCAAUCAAGACCAGUGUAUCCCAAAGAUUUUAACUUUCCUUUCUUAUCAUGAACCAAUUGGGACUGUUUUUGCUUCUUUUGCUAUAUUUUUUGCCUUUAUCACAUGCUUUGUGAUAUUAGUUUUUAUAAAGAAUUGGAACACACCCAUUGUUCGAGCUAACAAUCGGAAUCUCAGUUGGGUUCUUCUUAUCUGCUUACUUCUAUCUUACCUUUGUUCCUUGCUUUUUAUUGGCAAACCUUCUAAAGUGUCCUGCCUCCUUCAGAUAACAGCUUUUGGCAUAAUAUUUUCCAUUGCAGUUUCUUGUGUGUUGGCAAAAACAAUCAUUGUUAUUCUGGCUUUUAUAGCUACAAAACCAGGAAACACAUUUGCAAAAUGGUUAGGGCAAAAAGUGGCAAAUGCCAUUGUCAUUUCUUGCUCCUUCAUUGAAGUAGCAAUUUGUACUGCUAGGUCGUUGAUCUCACCUCCAUUUCCACAUCUUAACUUGGAUUCACCAACUGGGCAAAUGGAAAUAGAAUGCAGUGAAGGCUCCAUCAACAUGUUCUAUUAUGUUCUGGGCUAUUUAGCCUUUUUGGCCAUCUUCAGCUUUAUUGUAGCUUUCCUAGCCCGCAAAUUACCAGACACUUUCAAUGAAGCCAAGUUUAUCACUUUUAGCAUGCUGGUUUUUUGCAGUGUUUGGAUCUCCUUUAUUCCAGUUUAUCUGAGCAUCAAGGGGAAGAAGAUUGUGAUUGUGGAGAUAUUUGCUAUCUUGGCUUCCAACACUGGCCUCUUGACUUGCAUCUUUUUCCCAAAAUGUUACAUCAUUAUUUUCCAGCCUGAUCUUAAUACCAAAAAAAUGUUCACUAAAAAAAGGAUCAAUUAA